GGAUUCUUUCCGCUCAUUUUUCUGUUAUUGAUUUCCUUCCAAAAUUAGGGUUUAGUUACAAUGGGCUGUGAUUUCCCUCCGCAAUCACCCUCAAAUUUUUCCUGUUAUUAUUCUCCUCCUCCCCUUCUUUCUUUCUCCUUUUCUUUUUUGUUUUUCCCCUCUGCCCAUUGGCCUCUUCGGGCUGGUUGAAACCGUUUUUACGUCGAUUUUCACUGAGCUUGGAGAUUUUGGUCUCCAGGUCCAGUAACUGAUUUACAAGUUAUCCAGUUAUAAUAUGUAGUCAUCAUGGGGACAAAAAUCUCAAAACAAGGGCCUGCAAAGGUCAAAAUCAUGGGUGACAUCAAUGUCCAACAUAAAGUUGUGCAUUACCUCACUAGCUUGUUCUUUGUUCGAUCCCUGGUCUCUAAAAGUCGGAGGAGAAUGAUUGUUGCUGGAUAUGACUUGGAUAUGACAUACAUAACCGAUCGCCUUUUGGCAAUGUCGUAUCCUGCAGAACGAAUGCAAGCCAUGUAUAGGAAUCCGCUAUGGCAGGUGAAAAAUGUGUUAGAUAUGAGACAUCCUGGUCAUUACAAGGUUUACAAUCUUUGUGCAGAAGAAAGCUAUGAUGCAUCUCAUUUUCAUGGGCGUGUAGAGGUUUACCCAUUUGAUGACAACCAUGUUCCACCGUUGAAAAUGAUCAAACUUCUCUGUGAAAGCAUACACUCGUGGCUUUCUCAAGAUCCAGAAAAUGUUGCUGUUAUACAUUGUAUGGCAGGCAAGGGUCGAACAGGCUUAAUGGUAUGUGCUUAUCUUGUUUAUAGUGGCAUGUCAGCUGAUGAAGCUCUUCAACUGUAUGCUGCUAAAAGAACAACUAAUAAUCAAGGGGUCUCAAUACCAAGUCAACGUCGAUAUGUUGGGUAUUGGUCUAGCAUACUGAAAAUCCCUAGGGAAAAUCUAGACGGUCCUCCUGUUGUUGAGCUACCGAAACCAACUACGAGGGAAUUGCGGAGAAUUCGUCUAUAUGACACAGUUAAUACUGACUCAAUCUUCUUCGUGGUAACCAAAUCCUUAGAGGCGGAAGAGGUUCCUGAUCAACUUUACCAGCCAUCAGUAGAAGUUGUUAAAGGUUGUUGUAGACAAGUGAAGCAAGCAUGUCAAAUAACGGAUAGCCCAAGGUAUUACAUGUCAUGCGUUGAUAAUGACAGCGAUCAAAGUAACAAUGGACGAGAGACAACACGAUUUCUUGUGCAAAUGGAUACGGAGCGAUCGUCCAUAUACCAGAAGACUUGUCUAGACUACUAUUUUGAAAAUCCUUUACAAGUAGCAGGAGAUUUGCGAGUUAUUUUCUACGAAAAGAUGUUUGGUGGGCGUCUCUUUUAUACCUGCUUUAACACAGCCUUCAUUGAGAAUAUCUUGUUACAGUUUUCAGUUCGCGAUUUGGAUAAAGUUGGAGGCAAGGGAAGAUCUAUAUGUGGCUCAACCUUUUGCUUGGAAUUAUUAUUUGGGCCUACAAACCCCGUUGAAUAUUAAUCAGCAUAUAUUGUUUCUCUUUUGCUUGUCCUGCAGCUCAAAAUGCAGAAGUUUUGUAUAGUGAGAUUAUGGGAAAUUCUUUUUACAAGGAUUGGAUUAACUUUUAGUGUAUACAUACAUUGAUGGCUCUAGUUGCAAGAUGAAUAUACAUUGCCGUGGAUAUACUGAAAACUAAUAUUUUGUUUGUAAUUGUAAGAUGCAUAUACAUCAUU